AUCAUGACCGUUGAUUUUCUCAUCUGACGCUUCAUAACUAUUCUUGUGCAUAAUUUUUGCACCAAUCUUUGCAGCGCCGCCUUCUCUCUUAACUGCAGGCGACCCCUUUCGCGCGCGACCCAUCGCCGCCGCCUCUGCUCCUCCCGACGGCGUCGUUUCCCGCCGGAGCGCUACUCUAGGGGCGCGGCAAGGCUGGUUCUGAGUCCCUUCGUGUAGUUCCGGCAGGGCAUGAGAGAUGCGUCCUCCCGGCUCCUCAACUACGCGCACCUCAGCGGCCUCCUCUCCCGCUGCGGCCGCGCGGGAGACCUCCGCCUCGGCGCCGCCCUCCACGCCACCGUCGUCAAGAACCCCGCCCACUUUCGCCUCUGCGAGAGCCGCCCGUGGCUCCGCCACGUCCUCGUCGCCUGGAACGCGCUGGUCGCCAUGUACGCCAGGUGCGGCCGCCGCGAGGACGCCGCCGGGGUGUUCGACGAAAUGCGCGUCCGGGACGCCGUCUCCUGGAACUCGCUCCUCUCCGCCGCCCGCGGCGCCGACGACGCGCUCGCGCAGUUCAGGCGGAUGCUGCGCUCGAGCGCGGCGGCGCGCGCCUGCGACCGCGCCACGUUCACGACGGUCCUGUCGGCCUGCGGGCGGGCGGGCGCGGCGUCGCUCCCCGCGUGCGGCAUGGUGCACGGGCUGGUGGUCUUGUGCGGGUUCCAGGCGGAGGUGCCCGUUGGGAAUGCGCUGGUGACGGCCUACUUCGAUUGCGGGUCUCCAGGCUCAGCAGAGAGGGUGUUCCAUGGAAUGGCAGAGAAGAACGUAGUCACGUGGACGGCGAUGAUCUCCGGGAUGGCCCGUGCAGAGCUGUACAAGGAGAGCUUCACGUUGUUUCAGCAGAUGAUCCGCACAGUGGAUGCCAACAACGCGUCGUACUCAUGCGCCCUGCUAGCUUGUGCUGGAUCUUUGGCAGCAAGGGAAGGCCAGCAGGUUCAUGGGCUAGUUGUGAAAGCUGGACUCGAGACUGACCUUCCUGUUGAAAGCGGGCUCAUGGAUGUCUAUUCCAAGUGCGGGUUGAUGGAGGAUGCCCUGACCGUCUUUCGCUCUUGUCGAGAACCUGAUGAAGUUUUCCUGACAGUGAUCCUGGUUGGAUUUGCUCAAAAUGGGCUGGAGGAGAAGUCAUUUGAAUUGUUCGCUGAGAUGGUGGGUGCUGGAAACGACAUCGAUGAAAACACAGUUUCUGCAGUUCUGGGGGCAUUUGGUGCUUCUGCACCAUUUGCUCUUGGGAAGCAAAUCCAUGCACUGGUCAUCAAGAAGUGCUUUGGAUGGAAUAUCUACGUCUGCAAUGGUUUGGUCAAUAUGUAUUCAAAAUGUGGCGAAUUGAGAGAGUCUGUCCAGGUGUUCGAUGAAAUGCCCAGUAAAAACUCAGUUUCAUGGAACUCCAUCAUUUCGGCCUUCGCCAGACAUGGAAAUGGUUCCGAAGUCUUUCAGCUUUUUGAAUCCAUGAUAGCUGAUGGUGCCAAGCCCACAUAUGUCACAUUCUUGUCACUACUUCAUGCUUGUAGCCAUAUUGGAUCACCUAAAAAGGGUUUGGAGAUCUUGAAUUCUAUGUCAUCACAAUAUGGAGUCCUUCCAAGGAUGGAGCAUUAUGCAUGUGUGGUUGACAUGCUUGGCCGAGCCGGUUUGUUAGAUGAAGCAAAAUCAUUUAUUGAAGAUGGACCUUUCACGGACAGCGCUCUUCUUUGGCAGGCUUUAAUGGGAGCUUGUAGCUUCCAUGGGAACUCCGAGGUUGGGAAACAUGCAGCAGAGAAGCUGCUCCUACUGGACCCUAAUUGCACUGCUGCUUAUGUCCUGCUGUCGAACAUCUACUCAUCCGAGGGAAGAUGGGAUGAUCGAGCCAAGGUAAUGAAGAGGAUGCGUGAAAUGGGUUUGAAGAAGGACACUGGCAAGAGCUGGAUUGAACUUGAGAAGGAGGUUCACUCUUUCGUCGUCAGAUCAACAUCCCAUCCUGAUUCAGCCGCAGUUGAUGAUGUGCUACAUCAUCUGUCUACAGUUGCCAGCGAUCAAGACCUGAUGGAAAGCACUUCCUUGUGAGAUUUCAGGUUCUUUUCAGAGUGACAUAUUGACCACGGUCUUGAGCGAUCCUACAAAAGCGUGAUGAGAACAAGGAAACCAUCUCUAUUGUCUGUCAGAAGCGGGAGAUUUGACUAUACAAGUGUUUGAGCACUUUGGUUCGAGAUUUAGCAAUAGAAUUGAAUAAUGUCUGU